UGGGUACCGAACGAGUAAAAGGGUGUGACCAUUACAGUUCUCUCAUACCCAUCUCUCUUCACCCAGUUCGCCACGUGGCAAACACCCAAUGCCUCCAAUAAAUACCAAACCUCCCCGGUUGACUCAAAAGCUCCCCCACAAAAACAAAAACAAAAACAAAAACAAAAAAAUCUCAACCCACAUGAGCAAUACUUCUCUUCUUCUUUUGUUUUACUUUUUUACUUUUUUUUAAUCUCUGUUAUUUCACUUCUGGAAAUCAAAAACUUUGUAUUGCUUCAUUAAUGGCUUCUUGUUUCCUCGAUCUUGGUUAAUUAGUACAUUCCCAAUAAUUUCGUGGUGGGAAUUUGAUUAUUAGACCUCAUUUUAACAGAACCCUCGUUCACUAUAAAAGUUUUAAAUUCAUUUGAGUUCUAGUACCAAAAAUUAAAAAAUAAACAUAGAAGAAAAAUGCAUUUCUUUUCAAGUUUAAAUGUUGAUUUGGGGGAUUAGGAGGGAGAUUAGUUAGUGGGGUAGCUGAAUUCCCGCCACAACAAUUUUUUUUUUUCAAAAGUUAGUUAUGUUCGGUGAGAAUAAAACUAAUCAGGUCAAGGUAGCCAAGUAUGGAGCCUGUGUGUGAGUUUUGUGGGGUUGUGAGGGCAGUGGUUUACUGCAAAUCAGAUUCAGCCAAGCUUUGCUUGCGCUGCGACACCUGUGUCCACUCUGCCAAUUACCUGUCGCGUAGACAUUCUCGUUCGCUCAUAUGCGACAAGUGCAAUUCGCAGCCAGCAAUUGCACGUUGCAUGGAUGAGAAAAUGUCUCUGUGCCAGAGUUGUGACUGGAAUGGCAAUGGCUGCUCAGGCCCAGGUCAUUCGCGCCAACCACUACGUUGUUAUUCGGGUUGUCCUUCUUUGGCUGAGUUUUCGAGGAUUUGGUCCUCUGUUCUUGAUGUCCCUCCUUCUAAUGGUGGUUUUGAGCAAGGUUUUGGUCCCCCUGGUACACUGCCCAUUAAUGACAAUUGCUUCCUUAGUCCUUGUUUGGAGAAUACCAGUAAUGAGGGGUCAGUUGGGUUGGUGACGAGCGAGUUGAAUUGUGACAAGUUUGAACCUUGGAUCGGUCCAUCUACUGUGAUUCCACCCAGCCCAAAUUUCCUACCUCUCUGCAGUAAAGAUCAGACACUUACUUUUCCUAAGGGAUCAAACCUACCUAAGGGUCAUUCCAGUUACAAGAAUCUUGAAAUUAAUGAUGGUGAAGAUCUCUGUGAAGGUCUCAACAUGGAUGAUGUUGAAUUGAACUUUGAGAGCUGUGAUGAGAUAUUUGAUUCCUCGCGAGGCCAGUCUACAUACAAUUUUGAUGGAGAAGGAACAAAUUGCCAACUAAUGGAGAAAAAUGCAUCCGUUACUGAAUCUAAUGGCCAUGUCGAAAGUGCCAUAGAGGCGGCAUCAUCAACAGGAAAACAAGAGUGCAUGGCUUUCCAAUCGUCACGUGUUGUAGGGUCAGCUAAUUUGAUGCAGACUAUGAGUGGAGGUUUAAAUGGCAUGCUUAUAAAUCCAAGCUGUAACAGCAAUAUCAACCUGAGUUUUCCGACUGGACAAGUUCAUUCAAGUAUAUCACUUUCACUAUCCAACAUCACUGGUGAAAGUAGUGUUGCUGAUUAUCAGGAUUGUGGUUUAUCUCCAGUGUUUCUGACGGGUGAGUCACCGUGGGAGUCGAAUUUGGAAGUCAGUUGCCCGCAGGCAAGGGACAAAGCUAAGAUGAGGUAUAAUGAAAAGAAGAAAACAAGAAUGUUUGGUAAACAAAUAAGAUAUGCUUCUCGUAAAGCCAGAGCUGACACUAGAAAGCGUGUGAAAGGUAGAUUUGUGAAGGCUGGUGAAGCAUAUGACUAUGAUCCUCUUGUAACAAGGAACUUCUGAGAGCCAGAUCACCAUGUCCCUUGCAUAUCAAUGCCUGAUUAAAAAGGUCUCAGAAAUCAAUUCUUCAACCUAGAUUGAUUCUUUAUCCUUCAACAGGGUACUCAUCUUCACCCCCACACAUCUACAUAUCUUCAAUAUUAUGUAUACAUGCAGAAUAUUAACUAAAUGUUCUCAAAUAAACCACACUUCAUCUAUGAAAUGGCAGAUCUGAAUACUAAAUGUUCUCAAAUAAACCACACUUCAUCUAUGAAAUGGCAGAUCUCGAUACUAAAAAAUGUUCUCAAAUAAGCCACGCUUCAUCUAUGCAAUGGCAGAUCUCAUUGCUGCGAAUUGACUGAGAGAUGAUCACUGGAGCAACCCAUCACAUCUACAAUGAAGUCUCUGCAGCUUGGUCAAUCAUUCUGUUUAGCAACAUAAUAGGUAAUUGUGCUUAGGGUUCAAUCAAGAUGAUGUCACAUGAUUCUUUCUCGAUAAAUUUCUCUUUUCAACUCACUGACUAUUUUUUGUUUCUUUUCUCCAGUCCUGGAAUUGUGAACAAUUUUCAGUUCAGAUAUACAUCUGAUGAAGAAUCUCGUGGUGACACCCUAGGGUUGAAUUCCUUUUUUGCCUUGCCUCUCUUAAAGUUAAUCCUUGUCCUACUUUUUCUAUCAACUCUACCAAUCUUGCCGUGAGGCAUUGUCCUCUGUGCAAGUCAAUUUUCGUUAUUCCAGUGUUUAAAGCAUCAAACAAUUUCUUUCUCGUUUUUUUAUUUUUCCUUCGUGUAGUAAUAUUGUUGUGCGAUGAAAGAAAAAGAACUGCUUUAUGACUCAACUUUUACAUAUAAUAAAAUUCAUCUGCUUUUUUCAAUACACUAGUAUUUCAUCUAUUAGGUUGCACUUUAUUGUGUACUGUUCUUGGUUAAUUCUUUUUUUAGUUGUCAUAGCCAUUGGUAUAUAUCUCUAUUGAAUGCUAGCAAAAAAUAAAAAACAAAAAAAUUGGCCUUUAUCUUCGGGAAUAAACUCCUCACUAUUUUAGCUGGUAAAUUAUUACCCUACAAUUUUUUGGUCUCAAGUAUGUUGGUUGAUAAUGGUUCAGGGAAAAUGCACUAUAUCCGGUACACAUUUAUAUACUUUUUUGGAGUGAAAUAUCUUGUUUGGUAACAUUUACAGUAAACUUUUAUUUUUCCACAUAAAAUAUUAAGCAAUCUUAUGUUUCUUUUUGGUAAAAAUGAUAACCCCCAAAAAAAAAAAUAUAUUUGGUACACACGCCUAAAAAAUUUAUUUUGAAAACAAGUGAGAGGGAGUGGUUGGAGGUGGUGAUGAGCAUUGGCUGGUAGCCAAAGGGGAGGGAGAAAUUGACAAAAACUUGUGUCUUUUUUUGGGGUGAGAAUUUCAUCUUUGUACAAACAACUGAAGCAGAAAACACCCAAAUACUAGUUGAAGUGGAAACGUAAUUACACAGUAAAGAAAAAACCAAAAGGAGGAGAAAAAUAGAUAUUAGACAAACUUUGAUCACAUAAUCAUCUAUGGUUUUCCUUUAAAUGUGGUGUUUUAUAUGAAUGCCUGAACUGAGGACCUUCAUUAUAUAUGAAAAUUUUACUCAAGUACUCAUACAUAUCUCAUACUCAAAUUUAAAUACUUUAGAAAUCCAUGCUUUAUAUCGCUCAACUCACCUUCAGUCUCACCAUGUCUUAAAUGAAACAUUUGAGUUUUAUUCUGUUUAAAAGAGUACCAAAAAUCUGUGUUCUUUUCACUGACACAAAAAUAAAAUAAAAUAAAUAAUAAAAAAAUUCUUGGAGAAUUGUUUGACUUGUUUUGGAAUGCAUCGUGUUAUGUUGUUAGAUAGUUUUGACUUAUUUUGUUCAUAUUUUCUGUUCACUUCAGGGACUUAAAAUAACAUCAUUUAAUGACUGCAUAUUCAUGAUAAUAUCGACUUUAGCGAGAGUUUCACACAUUGAGUUACUUCUUUUCAUUCAUAAUAAUGGACUUGUACUAAAAACUAGAUGCAAGCAUGCAACUUUUAUGCAUCCAUAUAUGCUUUCUAACAUUUUAUCUAAAUUUUGCUUGGAUGAAGAGAACAAGUAAAUUUCUAGGUUUUUAUCAGUUUUCAAUUGACAAUCCAAUGUUCUAUGUUGAUACAAUUGCUUUGUUUCCAUUUAUAGCUGCCCAUAUAAUAAAGACAUGGAGGAGUCUUCUGUAUCAUCCUCAACCAAUUACAAAAAAGGUUGUGGAUGAACUAAUUGGGGCUAAUCCAGUUGGGCAGAACUGGUUCACCACAAAAUCAAGGAUCUAAGUCUUGCCACAUACAAGACUUCCCUCCCCCAAGCUACGACCUCUAAUACACCAAAAAAACAAAAAAGUUGGGGAUGAUAUCUUUUUUUUUUUUU